AUGCUCAAAGAUUUAGUCUUCAAAAUAAGCAAGCCACUAAUAAAUCUGAAAGUGACCAGACUCAGAACUAUGAUAUCCAGACUAGGAAAAGGAGGAGAGAUUAUAAGACUCUCGAAGGUGGAAAUUGUACAGGCUCCUCAGCGAAGCCAUAUACGACUAGGAACGAGCAGGAUAAUAUAAGAGAAAGGAAGGACCCGAGGAAGCAUAUAGAAGAAAUAAACACCAGUUAUAUGCAACAAUCUGCUAAAUCAAAUGAUGGGAAGAGAACUAACGGCCGCUGGACAGCAGAAGAACAUCGCAAAUUUGUCGAAGCCCUCAAGAUGUAUGGAAAGCAGUGGAAAUAAAGUUGAAGAGCACAUUAAGACAAGAUCAGGGGCCCAGAUUAGGAGUCACGCUCAGAAAUAUUUCCUCAAGAUCCAGAAAGAGUAUCCUGACCAAGAUGCUUUUCAGAUCUUUAAAAAUAAUUCACCAGAAUUUCUAGAAGAGACGAUUUACAUGAAAAAUCGUGAUGAAAGCGAGGAGAAUAAGAGUAAUCAUUCUCGCAAGGUUGUUCCUUCAGAGCCCUGAGAGAUUGCCCAUGAAGAUAACCCUAAGAAAGAAGAUAAUUCACAACCUAAAGCUGAGAGUUUUAAUGAUAAUGAAUUUGCAAAUUCAGUUAAAAUGCUUCUUGAAAAAAGAAAAGAAGCUCAGAAAGAACAGCCUAUGCUUCUUCCCCAGAACCCUCAUUAUCAAGAUAUCUUACAGAUUCGGAACUUUUAUGAGCAUGUGCAGAAGAUUUUGCCUUCGAACAACCUGCCUCCUCUAAACCAGAUCGCUACAGACCAAAAGUGAAAUGAGAUUCUACAAGAAUUCAAGACAUAUCGGGAUAACUUUCUUGCUGCUCAGAAACAAAGUGUAAUAAAUAAUACUCAGAGCCUGGUGGCUGGUGCCCAGCCAACAGGAGGCCAGAAUUAUUCUAGAGCCAAUGCUUACUUUAAUCAAGAACUUUAUAACAAUAUAUGUGGAGAAAUCAUCAAGCUCAAGGAAAGAUUCAACAAAGUUCAGAAUGCUGAGCUUACUCUGAUGAAUACAGCUCUUGAUACCUCCUCCCUAGACAGUCUGAUCAGGGCAAGCCUAAACUCACAGUUCGUUGGAAGAAACAGAGUUGACAGCCUUUGUAAUGUAAGACAACAUUCAGGUAGGAAAAGAGCAAUGACUGUUGACGGACCGGUGAAAAAUAAAUAUGCUCGUCUGAACCACACUCAGAACUCUGCAUUUGUGAGCUUUAAAAGUAAAUUCAAUCCUCAAGAGACUGUUCAAGAGACUAAGGAUGAAGAGAUGGAUUCAAAGGAUACAGAGAUGAAGAUUGAGGAACCUAAGUUAAACAAGAAGUUCACUCAGGUCAUCAAAGACAAAGAUGAACAUCUAUCUGCCCAUCAGCCUUUGCUCUCUCAAGAUGAGGCUGUUCUCAAAAGAAAGAGAGCUAGGUCUUUCUAGACCUCCUUUUGCCACCAUUUUCUUAUAUUUUCAAUUAGUA